AUGUUUCAGAUUCAAUUUGUACUUCUCAUUAGUCGACAAGGAAAAGUCAGAUUGACAAAAUGGUAUUCACCUUAUACCCAAAAGGAAAGAAGUAAGGUCAUCCGUGAGCUCAGUGGAGUAAUUUUGACUCGAGGACCCAAGCUCUGUAAUUUUGUUGAAUGGAGAGGACUCAAAGUUGUCUAUAAAAGAUAUGCCAGCCUUUACUUCUGCAUGUGCAUUGAUCAAGAUGACAACGAAUUAGAGGUCCUUGAGAUAAUUCACCAUUUUGUUGAGAUUCUGGACCGAUACUUUGGCAGUGUCUGUGAGUUGGACUUGAUCUUCAACUUCCACAAGGCCUACUAUAUAUUGGAUGAGCUUUUGAUCGCUGGUGAACUUCAAGAGUCCAGCAAGAAAACAGUUGCCAGGCUAAUAGCUGCACAGGAUUCAUUGGUGGAGACUGCAAAAGAGCAGGCCAGUUCGAUAAGCAAUAUUAUUGCCCAGGCCACAAAGAUCAGUCGAGGUCUUGAUCCAGUGAAGAUGACUAACUCAAAUGUUCUGAAGAGUAUUAUAUCCACAGCAGAAAGUAGCCAACUGAAGGCUCUGACGCAUCAAAAUGAGAAAGGGGACAUACCACCAUAUACUUACAAUGAACUUCAGAGACUCACAGCAUACCUCAUAAAUGCAGGACCAGAAAUAAUACAACCUCUAGAGAAAUUGCCAAAUCCAGUAAGAUUAACAUAA